AUGGCCCCUCUGUACCCCGCCAUCCAGAAGUCCAUAAUCACUGCCAUCUCUCAGCCUCAAUUUAGUGCGGCUCUGCCACCUCUAUCCGAUGCUGCAUGGGCCAAAUUGCUUGCGCCUUACGACCGGUCACACGAUGAGAACGAACGCCUCGAAUUUCUCGGAGAUGCAUUGAUGUACGCGACUAUCGGUCGCAUGUUGUAUGCGCAGAUCCCUGACGGGACACCCAAUCUGUACACAAACGUCCGCGCCGCGCUUCAUUCUAACGCCACAUUCUCGCACCUUGCGGAGAAGCUUGACAUCUUAGCUGUUAGCAGCUCUGUAUUACGCGCCUUGACUAUCAGGAACUUUGGUGAAGCAGCUGCGGCUCCCAUCUUGAAGACGAAGCCCGAAAUCAAGGCGACGGCGGAUCUGUUCGAGACGGUUAUUGGGGCUUACUAUCUGGAGAGGGGCUUCGAAGCUCUCUGCGAGUGGGUUAAAGAGAUAUACCGACCAUUGAUUAGCGUGGCUCAGAAGACAUAUAUCGAAUGGUAUGAGUUCUGCUCAGUUUUCAAUGCACUCUCCUCAGCGACGACAGGCAUCGUUCAGGGAAGAAGCGCCAUAGAUAUGACAAGGAUCCAGAAUAUCUCGUAUACAGGCCUCACAAGAAACCGAGAGUAUUGGUCAGCCAUGCGGUACGCAAGAUAG